AUGGCUACUGAGUCAAAGCCUGGCCGACUCGCCGGCAAAAAUGCCAUCAUCACCGGUGCAGCCGGUGGGAUAGGGCUGGAAACGACAAUCCUCUUCGCCAAAGAAGGUGCCUCGGUCCUGAUGGCCGACAUUUCUGAGCCAGCCCUUGAAAGAGCCAUUGCCAAAGUCAAAGAACUCGUCCCUAACCCGCCUCGUUUGGAGAUUAUCAAAUGCGACGUGUCCAAAGAGUCGGACGUCCAGGCAGCGGUCGAAUCACAAGAUCGACACGGCGGCAUCGACAUCAUGUUCAACAACGCGGGGAUUAUGCACGCCCAGGAUGACGACGCCAUCAACACGCCCGAGAAAAUCUGGGACUUGACUCACGCGAUCAACGUGAAAGGAGUAUGGUAUGGCAGCAAGCACGCCGUGCUCUCCAUGCGAAAGCAUCAGAAGAAAAAGGGCUCCGUCAUCAACGUCGCGAGUUUCGUCGCCCUGAUGGGCGCUGCCACGCCCCAACUGGCAUACACAGCAUCCAAGGGCGCCGUUCUCGCUAUGACGCGCGAACUCGCCAUCGUCCACGCCCGGGAGAACAUCAGAUUCAAUUCACUGUGCCCUGGCCCGUUGAACACCCCGCUGUUGCAGGACUGGCUCGGGGAUGACCUGCAAAAGAGAUUUCGGCGAGAGGUGCACUUUCCCAUGGGGCGAUUCGGGGAGGCGAUCGAGCAGGCCCAGGCCGUGCUGUUCUUGGCCAGCGAUGAGAGCAGCUUUGUCAAUGCCACCGAGUUUGUGGUGGACGGCGGCUUGUCUAGGGCGUAUGUGACGGGAGAAGGGCCACCAGCUGAGGCGCCGCUGAACAACGUGCAUUGA